AUGGCAGUCCUCGAGGACGUUCGUGGGAUCGAAGUUACAGUAUGCGUCGACAAGCAAGCUCUCCAAGAGUACGACGACAAUGAGCCUGAGUGUGUUUCUGCAGAGGCUGGAGGAUAUGAUAAAGCUACCAAAACGGUUUCCAAAUAUAUUGAAUCGACCACCGGCAACUUGUUUUACGUCAACCUGGAGAUAAGCAAAGCAUACAAAUUUGACUCUCCGAAUAUUUCCUUCCAUGUUUUUGUUGAUGGAAUGAAAGUUUGUUCGAAAAAUUGCGGCAAGAAAGACGCUCCUCUGACUAAGGAAGUGAAAGGUGUCAGAGAUGAGCUUGAAAACGGGAAAUUCUUCUUAAUGCCAUUGAAGUUUAGCGACAUAAUCACAACUACCGAUGAUUCAAAAUUAGCAUCUAUAAAAGAGGAUGCAACCCGACUGAGUGGUGUUGGAGAGAUCGUGGUAAAGGUUCAUCGAAGAGGUGAAAAAAUUCGUUCGAAGAAUCAAUCAAAGAGGCUCAAUGCUCCCAAAAAGCUAGCGGCCGAUUCACCAGUAUUAGUGCACGAGAAGGCACUCAAGGGACAAGCGAUGUCGCAUAGUACCACAUUAGGAGCUGCUCAGGCUACAAAAGUCGGUGCUCUUUGUCACUUGAGCUACCUGGAUGGAAUAGAUUACCCGAUCGCGAUAUAUCGAUUCAAAUACAGAUCUAAAGAAUCACUCAAGUCUCUCUUGAUACUCGAAAGAACCCCAGAACCAUCUCUUUCUCCCUCUCCUGCUCCAAUUCCGAACGGUGCUUCAGGAUCUUUUGAUCUUGAGAACCUUGAUGCAACCCAGAAAGCCAAGCUUCAGGAAUUUCUGGGAAAUUUAUUGGGAAAUGGAGGUCAACACAAUGGAGAGAGGAAGAUUAAGCGGGAAAGAGAGGAAACUGGCAUGGAUUCCAAGACCAACAAGCGAUCAAAGAGAAACGAACGUGUUGAGGUUGAUUUGACAGGAGAUGAUUCGGAUUGA